GCAGUUUGUUCUGUCCAUUUUUAGCCACGGUAAAGUUUCAAAUAGCUUCGUGUAUUCCCGUUUCUGACGAAUGUAUUCGUCUAUUCAUUUGUCAGUUUUAUAAUUUUAAGUUUAGUUUUAGGAAUUAAACUUUUUACAGUGGCAUAAUUAUUUUUGAGCAGCCUUCACAGUUUGUUGGUACAGGUUAGAGAUUUGGACCAUCGCCGCAGUCACUCAUUAUUGGUCACAUUUAACUGGUUAGACUAAAGAAUCAAAUAAUACAAAAAAAUAAUGGAACCUCCAGCGUGUGUACAAAAUGCAAUGAUGACAAAGGACAAAAAGCCUUUUACUUAUACACCCGGUGGUAUCGACUUAUCCGAAGCACGUUCUCCAAGACUACAACGACGAAUCGAGAGAAAUGCACAUUUACAAGGAGUUGGUGAUCUUCCCCAAAAUCCAGCAUACAAUCCUCAAACUACAGGUCCACUUCCACCAUCCGCAAUGGCAGCUAUUCGUCCUCAACCACAAGUUCAAGUAUUUCCUUCAGGUCCACCCCCUACUACACCUCUUAGAGGAAGUAUCCCUCCUCCACCUCCACCACCAAAAGGAAUUCCUCCACCUCCACCUCCUCCAAAUUGUCCUUUACCAACUCAAAAAGUUCAUACCUCAGAUAACCAAGUUCUGGAAAGACCAGAUAUGACUAAAAUUAUUCCCGAAAAUCCCAUGGCAUUGUUAAGGAGAACCGGAGGGCCUCAACCUAGGAAAAGUUUGGUAGACCAAUUAUUCGAAGAAGUUGAAAAACCUACUGCGGAAUGUAAAUCUCCACCAGUACAACAAUUUAAACCUGCACAACAAAGAAUUCAACCAGUAGCAGCACCAAUCUCGCCUGUACCACAACAAGCAUACAAACCACAUCAACAGUAUAACCCACAGAUGCCGCAAUCCCCUGUAGAACAACAACAGUUUCAAGUACCUACUAAUCAGAAUAUUCCUGUUAGAGAAAAUUAUUCAGAACCUGUUAUUGAGCAGUCUAGGUAUCAGCCAACAGUCAUAGAUCGGCAACGAACAACACCUCAAAGUAAUGGAAAUCAAGAAGUAAAAACUAGCACUGCAAAUUUGGGGUCGUUGUAUAUACCCCCUAUAAAUCAACAACAGAAACGUAUCGUGACACCACCUACACCACCUGAAAGAAAUGUGGAUUCACCAAGUUUGCAGACACCUCCUCUGAGAGAAGCACCUAGACCUUGGCAAACAAAAAAAACUCAAGAAGAGGUACCCUCUUGGGCAAAAAGAGAUAACCAAGUUUGUAACAAUGUUGAGGGAAAAAAGAAGGUUUCUCCUCCCGUUUCUCAACCAGAAGCGCGGUGGCUACAGGCCCAAGAUAACGAGCCUAAUAGUCAACAACAAUACGAGCUGCCCACAUACAAUCAACAAGUAACUCAACCAUCGUACGGUAAACUGGAUUCAAACCAACAACAGCAACCCAUAGGUAUACGUAUAAAUAUCCGUACUAAACCACAAGCUCCGUAUGAAGAUCAAUCAGCAUCUAACAACAAUCCCAACGUUGUGUACGUCACUCAACCAUUAGUGUUGCAGCAUCCAGGACCGAAUCCACAAAAACAGCCCAAUAACCUAGGACCGAAAAAUCAAGGAGGUGUAAGAGUAAUGGCCGCAGAUGGAAGGGUUCUUAAUCGCCAACAGAGCUGGGGAAAUAAUCCCUCUCAAUCAAAUUCGUUCAAAGCUCUCCAAAAAUUCACCAAUACCGAUGAAGACGAUGAUUUUGUUAACGCUCCAGUCACACAACAUUCUCCAAAAUACACACAGAAUUGUCAACCACCCGUUGAGCAAACUAGAAGAAUGAAAAUUAAUGAGGGCGAUCAACAUAUUACGAAUACUUUUAAGCAAGUUGCUGGUAGUCCCCAAAUGCCGCAGGCAAAAGGAACUCAAGUUAGAAAUAUUCCAAUUCAAAUAGAAGGUGAUGGACCCCCAAGACCAUACGUACAUCCUAGUGAACAAGUCGUACCGGAACCCAAAAAAUAUACCGGAAGCUCAAUUCCCAGUAGAUCAUUUAGAAUUUUACAAGCCAUGACUGCUCCAAAUGAUUAUGCCAAUGUAGAAGAGCAAAACGAAGAUAUGCCUCACGAUGAAUGGGUAUACCCACCGUAUUACCCUCCUUAUCCUUAUGCUCCUUUUUGGUACGAUUUCUACCGUUACUACUACCCUGACUCUAACCCUGAAGACACUAAAGCUAAUAAAAAAUCCACUAGAAAUGGUGCUUCUAGAAGCAAUUCUCCAGCAACAUCUGGUUUACAUACCCCAAUACCGUUUUGGGGUUACGCUCCCCCAUAUUAUCCACCUUCUACAUCAAGCGAUAAUGGAAACGAUACACCCAAUUCCAAACCACCUGUAUGGUACGGUUAUGAUCAAUACUACUCUUUGGAGCAAGAAAGUGAUACUAUAGAUGAAAAUACCACACCAGAAUAUUUUCCUUAUUAUGAUCCGUAUUAUUACCAUUACUAUUAUGGUUAUCCACCGAUAUUUCCGCUGUUUCCAGCAGGAUAUUCUAACAGUGAAACAAAUAGUACCAUAAAUUCAUUAGAUGAAAAAAAAUCCGAUUCUGAAGCAUUACCUGAACAUCAAGUAAAAACGCAGCAAAAUUCAGAAAAAAGUAUUCUCACUCCUACUAUAUGUAUUAAUGAAACUAUUACAUUCAAAAAAGGUACCGAAAAUGUAAAUGAGAGCUUGACAGAUUGCGAAACAGAUACGGAAACGGAUAAUGAGUAUGAUAAUCGCUUAAAAUCGAACCCAUUACAAGCUAUGAAAUCUAUAACAAAUAUGAAUAUUUUAAACACAGAUAGUAGUGACGAAGAAACAUCAAAGGAAGAUGUACAAGCUGAAGAAUGGUCUGAAGACUCAAACGAAGAUAAUACUAGUUCAAUGUGUUACGAAGAAGACGCAUACCCACAUCAAUUGAGUGUCAUUAUGGAAGAAAGUGAGAGGACUGAAUCUAGAUUACGGACAGUAAGCAGUUUAAGUGAUAGUACGACACUUGCCGGAAAAAGUGAUGUAGAAGAUGUUAUAGAAGAAGAUGACGAUGCUACAGAACCAAAAUCUAACGAUCAAAGUAACAACAUUGAGAAUUUGGAAAAAUCUAUCCCAGAUAUUGAAGCAAGUGAAGAAAAAGAUGCUGAUGAAAUAAAUGACGACAAUUGUAGUGAUGAAAGUGAAGAUUGGUGGGGUAUAAUUGGAAAAGAUGAUGAUGAUUUACCCAAACCCAGAAAAACGUUUACGUAUAAUUAUAAUGAUGACAAUUUUGAUAACGAUAACACGAUAAGUGAUCCAAAUACGAUUAUAGAAGCUGAUUCAACUUCCGAGAAAGAACCAGAACCUAUCAAUACAGCCGUUGAAGAAUGCGAAACAAUAAUUUCUAAAGCAAAUGAGGAAUUAUCUGAUGAUACUGAUAUUCAAGUUUCAAAUUGUGAAGAAUCUAAUAACAUGGUAGGCACGGAAAGCGUAGUGUUUAGACGUACAAAGCCAGAAUCUUCUGAUACGGAUGUUAAACCGAGACCUAGAAGUAUUUAUGAUUCCUUGGAAAAUAUAAAAACAGAAUCUACCGGAAAUUUAGUGAAAGUUGAUAAUUUUGUUGGUCUUCUAGAACAAAUGCAAAAGGAAAGUGGAUUUUGGAAUUUAACUGAUAAAGAUGAUUCCCAAACAGUCAUUAAAUUUAGAAGAACUAAAUCGGUAGAAGAAAAAUCUAACGAGUAUGUAGGAAAACGGUUUACGUGGACUUCGUUCGACAACUUUAAUAAAGAAACAUAUUCUGAGGACAACGAAAUUGACAAUACAACUAAAAGGUUAUCUUGUGGUGCACUUGAUAAUCCUACAGAGAUGGUUAAUAGCUCUACUAAUUAUAUUAUGUAUAAUCGAAGUGUGAGCUCAACGCCAAGCUUUGACCAAAAUAGUCGGGGUUACACAAAGCCGUUUAUCGAGCAUUUACAAACCACGGAAUCUACUGACACAACAAAUUCUUUGGAAAAAGAUGAAAAAGAAGAUUGCAAUCUCCUGCAACUCAAAAUACCCACAAUCAAAGAUCGCAUACAAGCAUUAAGAGACAGUAUUAACGCCAAACGUAAACAAUUGGAAGAAGCAAAAUCGCCUAGUAAAGAAAUGUUUACGUCCAAUAAAAGCAAAACAACAUCGUCGAAAAGUAGUGUGAAAUCGUCUGAAGAAUACAGCGAAGAUGAAGAAGAAGGAGAUGAUGAAGAAGAAGAAGAAGAGGAAGUUGAUUCAGGAGUAACAUCGGAUAUGAGCAGGCAUAUUUCCGAUACAGAAGAAUUUCUUGAAUUACGAAAGCUAACUAAAUACCAAAGAGCUGCGACGCAUUCAAGAUUAUUUAAAUUACUACAAGAAGAAUGUAAUAGUGAAGAAGCUGAUGAAUCAUCGCAAAAGCAAAAUUUAAGCUUACAUUUGAAUGAAACUACUACUCACAAUGAAAUUAAUGAAAAAUUAGUCAAUGAAUUGAUUGAUAGUUUAUUGAGACUUAAAAAGGGACAAGCUUUCAAGAAUUUACCAAAAGAAAAACUGUACGCAGCAGCCGUAAAAAUUUUACAAGAAGAUAUGGAUAUUACAGAGACAGCUAUGGAAGAAUCGAACAGUUUAUUGUCACCAGUUAAGUCUAGCACGGGAUAUUCCACAGCAGUACACACGCCUCAAGAAUUUCGUAACAGUUUCGAAGAUUAUAAACAAUAUUACGAAUCAUGGGAUAGAGAUGAAGAGAACUACGAGAUAUUUCCAUCAAAAACCUUUAAAGCUCUACAAGAAAUAUCUAGCCUUAAUAAACAAGGAGGUGGCUUGGGAUCUUUUGCUAAAUGUCCGAAGGUAUUAUCGUCGAAAAAUAUUCAUAAAAAAUUAAUAAGGCUUCUAGAAUCAUCCGAAAAUUCCUCUUAUCCUAAUCCUGAUGACCCUCCGCUAGAUACGAACGAAGUGACGAGUGCCUCUUGAUAUUCGACAGAGUUAUUAAGCGAAAAAUUGAUAAAUUGUUGGACCC